AUGGCGACUGCUCCAACGGAAAUGGUAAACUCGUACGUGUUCCUCAUAGACUUGAGUGGCAAGGAAAUGAGCAAUGAUGAGAUCAAAGUUAAGGUUGAGGGUGAUAGAACUCUUAUCGUCAGUUACUUAAGUUCGGUUUAUGGUCCAGUUGGUAUAUCCUUCUUUUGGCAAACAAAGAAGUUUGAUCUCCCUAAAUAUGCAAACUUGGACGCAAUCUCAGCUAUUUCUCAUAAUGAGACGUUAUUUGUUACUGUGAACAAGGUAAAUCGGGUAAUGACAGAAAGAACUAUCAAGGUUACAAAGGUGGAGAUUUGA